CCGGGGGCGCGAGCGGCGGCUGCGGCUACGGCGGCGGUGAUGGGGAGCGGCGGCGUCAUCCACUGCAGGUGUGCCAAGUGUUUCUGUUACCCUACAAAGCGGAGAAUAAGGAGGAGACCCCGAAACCUAACCAUCCUGAGCCUCCCUGAAGAUGUGCUCUUUCAUAUCCUGAAAUGGCUCUCUGUCGGGGACAUCCUCGCUGUCCGAGCUGUGCAUUCUCACCUGAAGAACCUAGUGGACGGCCACGCCAGUGUGUGGGCGUGUGCCAGCUUCCAGGAGCUGUGGCCUUCUCCAAAGAACCUGAAGCUCUUUGAAAGGGCUGCCGAAAAGGGAAAUUUUGAAGCUGCUGUGAAGCUGGGGAUAGCCUACCUCUACAACGAAGGCCUUUCUGUGUCUGACGAAGCCCGUGCGGAAGUGAACGGCCUGAAGGCCUCUCGCUUCUUCAGUCUCGCCGAGCAACUGAAUGCGGGCAGCACGCCCUUCAUCUGGCUCUUCAUCCGCCCUCCGUGGUCAGUGUCUGGAAGCUGCUGCAAGGCUGUGGUUCACGAGAGCCUCAGGGCAGAGUGCCAGCUGCAGGGAGUGAAUCCGGUUGAGGAACACACAUGGGGCCCGCAUGCCGGGCGGUCCGAGCUGCACCGGACUCACAGAGCAUCCAUACUGCACUGCCUGGGGAGAGUGCUGAGUCUCUUUGAGGAUGCAGAGCGGAAGCAGCAGGCCCGGGACCUGUUUGAAGAGUCUGCUCGCCAGGGCUGUCUGGCCAGCUCGUACCUCCUGUGGGAACGUGACAGGAGGACGGACAUGUCCGAUCCUGGACGAUGCCUCCACAGCUUCCGGAAACUCAGGGACUACGCUGCCAAAGGCUGCUGGGAAGCACAGCUGUCGUUAGCCAAAGCCUGUGCGAACGGGGGCCAGCUCGGACUGGAGGGGAAGGUCGCCGACGGGGUCGCGCGCCGGCUGUUCCAGGCCUCCCGUGCCGUCAGCAAGCAGCAGGUCUUCUCCGUGCAGAAGGGACUCAGCGACACGAUGAGGUACAUCCUGAUUGACUGGCUGGUGGAGGUCGCCACCAUGAAGGACUUCACGAGCCUGUGCCUGCACCUGACUGUGGAGUGCGUGGACCGGUACCUGCGGAGGAGGCUCGUGCCUCGGUACAGGCUCCAGCUGCUGGGCAUCGCCUGCAUGGUCAUCUGCACCCGGUUCAUCAGCAGAGAGAUCCUGACAAUCCGAGAGGCGGUUUGGCUCACGGACAACACCUACAAGUAUGAAGACCUGGUGAGGAUGAUGGGAGAGAUCAUCUCUGCCCUGGAAGGGAGGAUUCGAGUCCCCACUGUGGUUGAUUACAAGGACGUCCUGCUGACGCUGGUCCCUGAGGCCCCAAGAACCCAGCAUCUGUGUGGCUUCCUGUGUGAGCUGUCCCUGCUGCACACCAGCCUGGCCGCCUAUGCUCCGGCCUGUCUGGCCGCGGCCGCCCUGCUGCUCGCGCGGCUGACCCACGGACAGACACAGCCCUGGACCACAAGGUUGUGGGACAUCACCGGGUUCUCUUGUGAAGACCUCAUACCCUGUGUCUUGAGCCUUCAUCAGAAGUGCUUCCACGACGACGCCCCCAAGGACUACAGGCAAGUCUCUCUGACCGCCGUGAAGCAGCGAUUCGAGGACAAGCGCUACGAAGAGAUCAGCCGGGAAGAGGUGCUGAGCUACGGGCAGCUGUGCGCAGCUCUGGGCGUGAAGCAAGGCAGCCCGGAGCCCACCUCCUUCCUCAGCGCGGGGGACAUUCACACCUUCCUCAGCUCUCCGUCGGGAAGAAGAACCAAGCGGAAGCGGGAGAACAGCCUCCAGGAGGACAGGGGCAGCUUCGUCACCACGCCCACCGCGGAGCUGUCCAGCCAGGAGGAGGUGCUGCUGGGCAGCUUCCUGGACUGGAGCCUGGACUACUGCUCGGGCUACGAGGGUGACCAGGAGAGCGAGGGCGAGAAGGACGGUGACGUGACGGCACCCAGUGGCGUCCUCGACGUCACCGUGGUCUAUCUAAACCCAGAACAGCACUGCUGCCAGGAAUCAAGCGACGAGGAGGCCUGCCCGGAGGCCGGUGGUCGCCAGGAUGUGCGCGCCUACGUACCGGGCACCCAGACACCUCCGAGCCCGGGGCCCCAGCCUCUGCUCCACGGCAGGAGGGAGCCAGGCAAGGACAGUGUGACCUCGGGGUACUCCUCCAUCUGCAGCGCGAGUCCCACAGACUCGGUGGACGGGGUCUCGGGGGCCUCCCCCCGGUCUACCUCAGUGCCUUCCCCGGGCAGUGACUCAGGCACACAGCCUUGCCGCCAGCACGCCAAGAAGCCAUGUUUACAGUGUCACUCUCCAAGCCCCCUGGAGAGCAGCACCCCCCAGCGACAGGUAAAGAGGAAAAACCUAUCUGCCCACAGCGAGGAGGAGGAAGAGGAGGAUGAGGACGAGGAGAGGGGCCUGAGCCCUGCUUGCUGAGGCCGUGAGUGCCCGCACUUGCUGCGGGCAACGUUUGCUUGGGGGUGGGGGGGGUGCUGCCACUGCACUAGGGAGCCUGGGGGCUCCGGAGGCGGACACCGUGUGCACCCUGGUGGCUCUCACACAGGGAACUGAGAGAACGCGGGAUGCGAAGUUUCCUUCUCCGGGGCAGCCCAACGUGAACCGUCAGAACGUCUUAAGUCAGAACAGAAACUCCGAUGCUUCCCUUUGGAAAGUUUAGCCUCAAAGCAAUCAUGCCACGCCCUGUGAAGCCCAUUUCUCUGUCCCCUCUUGUGUCUGUCCUCUCUCUGGGGAACUUGAGCCCAUGUCUGAUGUCCCCAGCCCCACUGAGCCCCAUCCCGGGAACUGACAGCUUUCACCAUUGAGAACAUGUGUGAGCAGGUGGCCUGGCACAGCUCACCCCCCGCAUCUAUGGGGUUCGGGUGACCGGAGGAGCUGACCUCUCUGAGCGCACGCACCACUGUCCUCGUACCGCCUUGGUUCCCUUCCUCCCUGGGUGGCAGGUCCCCUGCUGAGGGAGCCCGGCCCCUGCACUGUCGAGCCCUGCGUGUGACCACCAGGUGGGCAGGCCCAGAGUCUUGUCAGGCUGGGCCUUGAGGGCUUGGCCCUAAGCUCCCUGCCUGCCAUACUUCCAGCUCCUUUUAGAGAUCCUUCUAUUCCCCCAGAGCGAUUGAUCUGUGUCCCCAGCAGGUGGUGUCCAUAUGAACACCUCUCUUUGCACUGAAUUUCUAGGCUAUUUCUUCUCCAUCUUUAUUUCCAUCCUUCAUUUUUCUAAGAUGGAAAUAAAAGAAAAAGAUAGAAGAUAUUAAGUUAGAGAGAGAGAGAUUCCUAACUUUAUUUAGGUUCAACUAAAAAAUGAAACAUCUGAUUCAGAUCUCUCAUGCUAUCCUGACACUCUUGAGGCGAAAAGAAUUUUCCCAGCGAAGUUGGACAGAAAAAAUCUAAAUGUCAUUCGUAACAUCUGAGGUGACCAGGAUGCAGAUGAGCGAGAUUUAGAGGACCUGUCCCCCACCUGUUGGGGAGGGUGGAUCUGCUGUGGGUACCUGAGGCUCCCCCAAGCCUCCACCUCCUGCGUGCAGCAGCCACAACACCAGAGGGAUCUGCUUGAGCCUGACCCUGACCUCCCCUCAGCUGGGUGGACCACGGAGGCACGUGCCCUGCAGCGAUAGCUUUUGUUUUUUCUCAAAAUGUCAGAACGAACCACUGGGCCAGGAGUGUCCCCCAAAUGCUCUUGAACUAAAACUAUGGCGCACAGAGGUGCCGACUCAGUGGUGGCUUUUCUGGGUGCUGUGUGUGUGUGUGUGUGUGUGUGUGUGUGUGUGUCCCCAUGUCCGUGGGAGCUGUCUUCUUGCUACUGUAAGAGAAUUCUGACCGCCCUGGGCGGGGCAUGGUUGGAAUGCAGAGACCCCGCCAUUGGGAUCGCAGACCUUUCCUGUCAACUGUGUGCCCCUGGGCAUGUGUGAGCCUCGGCUUCCUCAUGUGUAAGCUGGGGCAGCAAUACCUACCUCACAGGGGUGUUGUGAGGAUUAAAUGUGAUAAGGACAGUG